AUGAGUACUGCCAAUGCGACACCGGCCGAUCAGCGGUACAUUCGCCUUGAAAAGCUAGGCGAAGGGACGUACGCUACGGUGUACAAAGGAAGAAGUCGCUUGGGCGGCGAAAUGGUGGCCUUGAAAGAGAUUCACCUGGAUCCGGAAGAAGGCGCUCCGUCCACUGCCAUUAGAGAGAUUUCUUUGAUGAAGGAGUUGAAACAUCCCAACAUUGUUCGACUGCAAGAUGUCAUUCACACGGAAAACAAACUGGUACUUGUGUUUGAAUGCUUGGAUCAAGAUUUGAAAAAGUUCAUGGACUCCACAGCUCGAUCCAAUCAAGGCGCUCUCGACACAUCCACCAUCAAAUCGUUCAUGUACCAACUUUUGCAAGGCAUUGCCUAUUGUCACGAGAACCGUGUGCUUCACCGCGACUUGAAGCCGCAGAAUUUACUGAUUAACAAACGAGGUGAACUGAAAUUAGGCGAUUUUGGUCUCGCUCGCGCGUUUGGUAUUCCCGUCAACACCUUUUCAAAUGAAGUCGUCACCUUGUGGUAUCGAGCGCCGGACGUGCUUCUCGGUUCGCGUAAUUACUCGACCUCCAUCGAUAUCUGGUCGGCGGGUUGUAUCAUGGCCGAGAUGUAUACCGGACGACCGUUGUUUCCUGGCACUACCAACGAAGACCAGCUUCACAAGAUUUUCCGGUUGAUGGGCACCCCUACCGAACAAACGUGGCCUGGCGUCUCCCAACUACCGGAAUACAAACCCGCCCAAGUCAUUUAUCCUCCUCAAGAUAUCAGUCAGAUCUUACCCACCAUCGACGCCUGCGGUCUGGAUCUUCUUAAUCGUAUGCUUCAAUAUCAACCUGGCGCCAGAAUUUCCGCAGCAGACGCCUUGAACCACGUCUAUUUUAACGAAGUUAGAUACGCGUAG